AUGCUGGGGAUAGCGAUCCGAGAUAGCAUCGUGAAAAGACGAUGGAAGGGAAGAGACAACGCCCUUGGGUUGUGGUCUGAGACGGUUGGACCUGGUGGGAAUAUGCAAGGCAGCUGUGAGCCCUUAACCCCGGUCGCCCCAUCGCGCUAUUGGAUCCUCUUGGUUCUGCGCGAAGACAGAGGCUGUGCUGGACCGUCACCUCGCUCGAAUUCUGCCCGAAGCAGCGUUGGCCGGCGUUGCUGGGCGCAAAGGGGGGAGGGGUGUGUCCAGAUUUGGACGGGCAGGAUUGCCUAUUAUGGGGAUGUGGUGUUGAACAGAGAGCCGAAUUGGGACAAGGUGGAGCGCAGAGAGGCGAUUCGUGAUCUCUUGCUCCACUCGCUUUUUUAG